AUGGUUACCCGCGUAGCUAUCCUUGACGACUAUCACGGUCUUGCAUCUUCUCAUUUUUCCAAGUUGGACACUUCGCAGUAUUCAUUCGAGUAUUUCCCAGCCACACUGCGUCCAUACCAUGAUGAACAUACGUCACACGCUGAGAGACAUGAAUUGGUCCAACGAUUGGAGCCGUUUGAAGUCAUUGCUACUAUGAGAGAAAGGACACCUUUUCCCAAGCAAUUGAUUGAGCGUCUUCCUCAACUCAAACUCAUCCUGAGCAAUGGUCGUCAUAACAAUGCCAUUGACAUGGAAGCCUGUCACGAGAGAGGUAUCCCGGUGACAGGUUCUGAUGCCCGAAUGGCCACUGCGGCUACCUUGGAACACAUCAUUACCAUGAUUCUGGCUAUCUGUCGUGACAUUGCACAUAACGAUGCAGCUGUCAAGAAUGGAAAAUGGCAGACUAGCAUGGUCACUGGUGUCACUGGGAAGACUCUCGGUAUUGUUGGCCUGGGACGACUGGGUAGCUCUGUUGCUCGAAUCAUGAGUUCAGCGUUCGGCAUGAGAAUCAUUUGUUGGAGCUCAAACUUAACCCAGAGUACUGCGGAUGAGCAGGCAAAAGCUCAAGGGUUGUCAAUUGAACGGCCAGAUGGUGAAAAGACAUUCAAGUAUGUUAGUCGUGAUGAACUCUUCUCCACGUCCGAUAUAGUCAGUCUACAUUUGUUGUUGUCCGAUCGAACAAGGGGGAUGAUCACGGCCGAAGACUUGGCAAAGAUGAAACCAUCUUCAUUCUUUGUUAAUACCUCUCGUGGACCGUUGGUAAAUGAAGAAGAUCUGCUGAAGAUUCUCAAGGCAGGGAAGAUUCGUGGAGCAGCACUGGACGUGUUCAACUUGGAACCCUUACCAAAGGAUAGUGAGUGGAGAGACACGACUUGGGGGACAGAGGGCAAGAGCCAGGUCAUUUUAACUCCUCACAUUGCGUACGUAGAAGAGCGUGUCAUGAACGAGUUUUAUGAGCAUCAGGUUGCAGAAUUGGAGAGAUGGUCAAACGGAGAAGCUUUGAAGAACACCAUGUCCUAG